CCUUCGAAACUGCAUCUCUCUGUUUUCAUCGAAACAUCCCAAAGAAAACAAAUCAAAAUCCCACAGCUGUUCAUUCCUUCAUCAGCAACAACAUAAUAAUAAUAGCACCAUCAUGAUGUCCCUUACCAGUCGUCUCGCUCGCCCUGCAACUUUGUCGGUAGCUCGUCGUACCUUUGCCAUCGGACCUGCCAGCGGCGGCGAAAUCUCGGAUGAACUUCUUGGCAGGCUUGGAAGUCUCUCCACGCAAGCUUUGGUCGAUGGUCUUUGGGUGAUGGGAUGGCCCUCGGCUCAGAUCGAUGGAGCACGCGCAUUGGCCCCAGGAAUGAAAUGCUGUGGACGCGCCGUGACGCUCAACUUUGUCCCUGCCAGACCCGAUAUUGCUGCUGACAAGCCUGCUGGAGGCGAAUCUCCCGAGUAUGAAGCCUUCGAGAAGUGCGGUCCCAAUGAGGUUCUUGUGAUGGCCAGUGUUGGUCCCGAAGAGAGCGUUGGUGGAGACAUCAAGUUCUUGCGUCUCAAGCAACGUGCAAUUGGAGGAUUGGUCACUAAUGGAAGCGUGAGGGAUACCGACGAAAUCAUCAACUACGGAUUCCCAUGCUUUUCCCACUCGACAACCGCUCGCCAAGGACCUGCGGCUAUGCAACCUUGGGAAUGCAACGGAGUCAUCAGCGUGUCUGGAACAACCGUUCGACCUGGUGACGCCAUCGUUGGAGAUCAGGAUGGUGUUGUUGUCGUGCCUGCCAAGGUAGCAGAAACCGUUUAUUCCAUUGCCCACGGCAGAGAGGAAAUUGAAGAAAUCGUCAAGGAGGAACUCAUCAAGAAUCCAGGCCCACCCGGAAAGUUCUACCCAUUCAUGAGCGGAAAGGUCAAGGUCGAAUCCCCACUCGGACAAUUGCUGGCCAAACACGGCAUCACACCCGAGAACUCAAACCAAUUCGAAGGAAGUGCUGAUUGGUAAGCUUUUCUGCGCCAAUGGAUGUCGGAUUCCCAGAAAUAUGUUUUCUGUCCUGGGUCGAGUCGGCUCGUGUAGUCGGUCGGUCGACACAGCAAUACAUGUUUCCAUUGAACGAAUCCACCGCCGCUAAGAGAUAUACACACGAGCAAACAGUAACAACUUAUUUAGAAUGCGUCGAACGCCGCACGCGGGCUCCAAUUGCUGGGCUAACUAAUGCAGUAAAUAUAUUACGGUUUUAUCAAUGC